AGCCUCCGUUGCUGAGAGCUGACUCGAAUCUCCCUCGUUGCUCCGUCGUUGUUUGAAGACUUUCUCCCGUCUUCACCAUGACCCGUUUGGGACUUGCCCUCCUGGCGCAGCUGGCGUUGGCCAUCCGAAAGGAUCAGGUGGAGCAGAUGGACGUGUCCGGCGAUUCGGUGACGCAAGUCCUGGACCAGCUGGUGGAUCUGACGCCGCACUUCACGGGUCCCGGAGUCCUGCACGUGGCCGGCAAGCAAUUCCGCUGCUGUAAGAAGAACUCGGAGGACCAUGGUAUCGUGGUGGACGCCUCUCCACGAGAGAAGGAGCCCCUUUUUUCGGGCUGCCGCGGCUAUGUGGGGCUGCUGUACAAGUCCUAUACAGAAACCAAGGAUGGUCUCAGACCGAGAACGGCUCAACUUCCGGGGAGCCGAGGGAUGUGAGUGGGCGAGUUGGACCAAGAGAAUCCGAAGUGGAGCACGAUCACUAGUGCUGCAAGUCAUAUGACUAGAGCUGCUUUAUCCUAGUCUACGCUUCUGAUGCUCUACUUACUCACUGGACUACCACGCUUCGCUUCUGGAGCUCGGUCUGGUCGCCGCGUGCCGCUGCGGGUCACGUGAAUUUGGGGCACAAUUACUCCAUGUAGGCUGGGAAUCCCGGGAAGAGGUCCACAUGGAACCUGAAAACCACGUCGGGUUGUAGAGGAAGAUCGUUUUCCAGUCUGGUCCAUGCCAGUCGCCCGGUUCCAUGUGAGUUGGAGUGUAGAGAGUGUCGGAAGCUGUUGACCUGCAUGAUGCAGCUGUGCAGCAUUGUGCAGCUAUGACCCUUCAAGGCACCCCAAUGGACCUGAGCAUGUUUGGUCUACAGUCUCACCCCACUCAGAAAAGGUGGAUCGUCCGCAAAGGCUGUUUCUUUUAAGUGGGGAUUGAUGGGUUUCUCCACUAAGGGAGCAAGUGGUAAAC